AUGGCACAGUCCGCACGGCAUGGCAACCUUCAAAACCAACCUUCCACUGCUCCUCUUUCCCACUCUCCUGUCUGCUACAGUGGUGUCACUGGUGGUUCGGUCAUGGGGCGUUUUGGAACUCAUUUCCUCAUGUUCCUGCUCUGUUCGGCGCUGUUCACUGCCGCCGCGUCGGCAUCGCUCCUCACCGGAUCAUUUCUCCCACGCGAUGAUGGCCGCAUCACCGUUCCUCUCGCUUCAACCACUCAAGUAGCCAUGCCCCAGCAACUUCAAAAGAAAAAUUUCGCGAAGUAUGUGGCUAAGUUGCGUCCAACUAAGUACGAUAAUAGAUUAGUCGUGGGUGACAAAGGCGCAUCGGGGAUAUUUGUCGCAAAGGGCAUAAGGGCCUGGGGAGGAGAGUAA